AUGCCGUCUCUCGACGCCAGGCUCGCGUGGGCUGUGCCUGUCGACAUCGAGGUCGUCGGGCCCAACGUGGAGGCGUUCAUCAAGCUUCAGCCUAUCAUCAACGCUUUGCGCCUCUGCCACCGCUUUGGCAACUCUGGUGCACCAAUCACGCGGCUGCCAGUUGAGCUUCUUAACAACAUUGAGGAGGUCUUGCUGAAAGCGGAGCGGGAGAAGCAGCGCGAGCAAUGGCAGGAAGAUUACCAAUGCUUCCGCCAGGCAUGUUCUACACUGGAUCACUACACCGAGGAAGAUAUAGACGAAAUCCGGGGCGUCAUGGGUAUCUGUGAAUGUGACGAAUGUGGCGAAUCUGGCAGACAUGAUCCCGACGAGUCAUUUGUCGACCUGUUGGAAGAGAGUGACACGACGUUUGAGGUCCAUCACGAGCGCAGGAACUCGUGGCUAGACAGAAUGGAGCAAAUCUCGGAUCGAGGACCGCUCCUGACCAAGUUCUUCGGCCUCACUGUAUGGACUUCGACCGUCAGGUUGAACAGAGCAUCGAAAUCCGACCCAUUCUAUGCCGCGGACAUGACGAUGGCUUACCUGAGCCUUCCAAACGCCCCGACCGUCCAAACCACCAUGGCCUUCUCAGAUUACGAAACCGACAUGUUUGAUAUGCCCCGCUCACUCCAGACCGGGUGUGGUAUGGAUGUGACGGAGCAUGUGUCUCGCCCGAAAGACGUCGAAACCCUCUUCAACCGUGCUAUGAGGAUUCUCGACUUGAAGCCUUAUGUGUCUGGUGGUCAAGAAGGUCGUGCUGCAGGCCUGGACGAAGUGCAGGACGGUGCAGCGUACAAGGAUGGGCAAUGCAAGAGGGAUUGGCCACGCCUCACCAUGCUGACGAAUACGGGAUCGUGA